UUCCGGGUCACUACCGGAGGACAGGAGUCGAGGAGUCGAGGAGGGGGAUUUGACGAAAUGAGAAAAGGCCUUAAGGGUUAACACCUUGUCGUGUCACCAUCAAAGCGUUCCGGGUUCAUGGACAGGACAGUUGUUAGCUUAACUUGAAUGUUCUUUCCGUGUAAUAUUAAAUAUAUAUAAGCUUGUUUUAAUGGCUCUGUUCAUGGAGUAGUCGACUGUCUAAGUUCACCCGUGUGUACGCAGAUGUUCUCCACACAGUGUGUUCCGUCCCUGUGAGGCUCUUCUCAGCUGUUUGAAGCGUCUGUCAGCAGGAUGUCCCGCAGCGGGAACGAGUCCUGUCUGAGGGGAGCAGAGGACACCGUCUCCUUCUUGGUGUGUGUGUUCCAUCAGUGGGAGGAGUGGGCGGGCCUCGGUCAGUUGGAGGACUAUCUGAGUGUUUUGGAGUACCUGCUGUGGGUCUUCACCCCUCUGAUCAUCGUCUUCAUCCUGCCCUUCCUCAUCGUCAUCCUCCUUUACCUCUCCAUACUCUUCCUUCAUGUCUACAAG